AUGGAGUCCGGCGACAGAAAUGCGCUAGUAGGCUGCGCGGACGGUUCGCUCCUCGUAGUUGAUGUAGGCGCCGGUCGGAUAUUGGAACAGAUACCAGCGCACGAGAAUUCGUGUAGCUGUGUGGGACUCACGCCUGACAUGUUGGGUUGUUACUCAGGUGGAGGCGACAAAACAGUGAAGUUAUGGCAAUUUGAACUUAUCGAAGACCCUACUGGCGAGUCAAAAGCUAAGGUCUUAUCACUCUUACACACGAGAACAUUGGAAUUGGAGGAAUCAGUAUUGUGUGUGAAAAUUAGCCCAAACAACAAGUUCAUAGCUGUCGGCUUGCUAGAUUCCACAGUCAAAAUAUUUUUCCUUGACAGUUUUAAGUUCUACCUUUCCCUAUACGGACACAAGCUCCCCGUCCACUGCCUAGACAUCAGCUAUGACUCAAACAUCAUCGCGACCGGUUCAGCCGACCGCAACGUCAAGAUAUGGGGCAUGGACUUCGGCGACUGCCACAAGUCAAUAUUCGCGCACAACGACUCCGUGACGUCACUGCAGUUUGUGCCGAGCACACACUACUUCUUUACGACGUCCAAAGACGGCAAAGUGAAACAGUGGGAUGCUGACACGUAUGACAACAUCAUCACCCUCAAUGGCCACGCAGGCGAGUGCCACGGCGUGAGCGUGGGCGCGGGUGGAUUGCACGUGGCGUCUUGCGGGACGGACCGCGCGCUGCGGUUGUACGCGCGAACUGAUGAACCGCUCGUGCUGGGAGAUACCGACGAGCAGGAGGAAGGCCUGGCUACGGGAGACACGCACGCUCCUGUGCCCGGUCUUCCGGGACUGAAUAUGCCCACGAAAAAAACGAUCGGAGCUGAAAAAGCGGCGGACUCGAUCCUGGAGUGCCUGACGAUAGGCGCGGAGUACAAGAAGGAAGCGGCGGCGGCGCCUGGGCAAGCGGUCCAGCCGCCCGCGCUUAUGCUCGCAUACAACUGUUAUAGUGCUGAAGACUUCCUGGCUGAGACUGUUAAGAAGAUCCGCUCUAGCGAUCUCGAAGAAGCCCUCCUGCUCUUACCCUUCAGUGCAGCGUGUCAAAUAGUCCGUAUGCUGCCCAAACUCCUCGACCGAGGCGACAACGCUGAAUUAUUCUGUCGUCUCGCGAUAUUCCUGCUGAAGGUCCACCACGCGCCGCUUGUGGCCAACCAGCGCUUGCUCAAGCACAUGAUCCAGAUACAAGCUAAGGCGGCUAUGAGGCUCGGCGAGCUUAGGGACAUGGUGGGCUACAACGUGCACGCUCUCCAGUGGUUGCAGCGCGAGGCAGAGGCGGCGGACAGCGAGCAACUGUUCCGCGACGCGACGGCCGAGCGACGCACGCGCGACAAGCGCCGGCGCACAAGGCAGGGGCUCAAGCGGCCUAUUGUCACUGUUACUUAAUUUUGUAAAUAAAUAUAUCGUAUA